UUUUUUUUUUUCCUGCUUCCCCCUCAGCCGAAAGAGGAGACUUGAAGAGCCCGGCUUGAGCUGAGCAACACUCCUCCGGGCUGACUCCUCCUAGAAAGCGCAACAAAGCAACAGUCAGAAACAGACGCUAAAAGAGAAAUGUGAAGACCUCGAGAGGCUGCAGUGCCGGAGAAGUAAAGCGCUAACCUGGAAAGAUGGCGUGGACACAGGCUCGCUUGUUGCCCCUCGCCUUUGCUUUGCUUGGAUUUUUCCUGCUAUGUGUCCCGGUGGAAGGGGAGCCGCGGGGAGAGCAACAGGAGGAGGAGGAGGAGGAGACCAUGUCCUGUCAGGGCGCGUUUGACCUCUACUUUGUUCUGGACAAAUCUGGCAGCGUGAAGCAUCACUGGAAUGAGAUUUACUCCUUUGUGAAGCAGCUGGCAGAGAAGUUUAUCAGCCCCAUGCUGAGGAUGUCUUUCAUCGUCUUCUCCACACAAGGAAAAAUCAUCAUGAAGCUGACUGAGAACAGGGAGGCCAUAACUGAAGGUUUAAGAGCUCUGAACCAUGUUAUUCCUGGAGGAGACACAUUCAUGAACCUAGGCCUGGAGAUGGCUAACGCACAGAUUCACAGAGAGAAUCAGGGGACCGCCAGCGUUAUCAUCGCUCUGACAGACGGAGAACUGAACGAGGAUCAGUUUGUCACAUCACAGCGAGAGGCGCAGAGAGCCCGGUCUUUGGGAGCCAUUGUCUAUUGUGUAGGAGUCAAAGACUUCAACCAGACCCAGCUCGCAACGAUUGCAGAUACCAUGGAGCAUGUGUUUCCAGUAACGGGGGGCUUCCAAGCCCUCAGAGGAAUCAUAAACUCGAUUAUCAAGAAGUCUUGCAUUGAGAUCCUGGCGGCGGAGCCAUCCAGCGUGUGCGCGGGAGAGAGGUUCCAAGUGGUCGUUAGAGGCAAUGGUUUCCUCCACGCGAGAAACAUCGACCAGGUCCUCUGCAGCUUCAAGCUCAAUGACACGCAGACUGUGGAUGAAAGACCCGCUGGAAUCGAGGACACAUACCUGCUUUGUCCUGCUCCUGUCAUAGAAGAAGUGGGGAGGGAGAUCUACCUGCAGGUGAGCAUGAACGAAGGCCUGUCCUACAUCACCAGCUCGGUUCACAUCACCACCACUGAAUGUUUUGACGGCACCAUCGUGCUGAUUUCGCUGCUGGUUGUGUUCCUGCUCCUGGCUCUGCUGCUCAUGUGGUGGUUCUGGCCUCUCUGCUGCACCGUGGUAAUCAAAGAACCUCCACCUCCCCCGCCUCCAGAGCCAGAUUCAGAUGAGGAUGAUGGGAUGCCUAAGAAGAGGUGGCCCACCGUAGACGCUUCAUACUAUGGAGGAAGAGGAGUGGGUGGCAUCAAGCGUAUGGAGGUACGAUGGGGGGAGAAAGGGUCGACCGAGGAAGGCGCCAAACUGGACAAACCUAAAAAUGCGAUUGUAAAGAUGCCCGAGCAGGAAUUUGAACCAUAUGAGCCCAGACCUCGAAAAGCUCCACGCCGUUCCCCCCAGCAGAAGAAGUGGUACUCGCCCAUUAAGGGGAAACUAGAUGCUCUGUGGGCUCUGUUCAGAAGAGGAUAUGAUCAGGUAUCUCUAAUGAGGCCACAGCCUGGAGAUCAGGGUCGCUGUAUUAAUUUCCAGCGGGUCAGAGAUGAUGAUCCCCCGGCCCCUCCCCGAAUGCCUCACUCUGCUGCUCCGCCUCCUCCUCCUCCGCCAGCUGAGGAGCGACCUUUGGUCUCCAACUCGGUCCCCCGCACGAAGCCUCCAUCAAGGGGACCCCGCACCGCUCCGUCCCCCAUCACAGCACCUCCCUGCCGCGCACCCCCUCCCGUGACACGGCUGCCGCCAGGCCCACCCCCGACCCGUGCUCCCCCGGGGCCUCUCGGACCCCCACCAUCCAGGCCUCCGCCGAGGCUGUAAUGAUGGAAAGCAUGGAUGCGAACACAGGCCAAUGCAAACAUAUUCUUCCCCCUUUGAACUCAAUCAUUUUAGCACAUUACAAUUAGAAACUUCAAUGUAUUUUACUGGGAUUUUAUGUGACGGAUCAGCACAACGUAAUGCAUAAUUGUGAGGUGGAAAAAGGAGGAUUUGCUACCCAACUUUCCGGCGUUUUACAAACAAAAAUCUAAGAAAGGUUUUGCAGGCAUUUGUAUUCGGCCUCUCUGAAUGUAUAAUUCGUAGAGGCACCUUUUGUCGUUUUUUGGGGUGUCUCUGCUGGCUCUCCGCAUCUAGAGUUGGAAAUUAUUGCCCAGUCAUAGCUCAGGCUCAGUCAAACUGGACAGAAAGCAUCUGUUGACAUCCAUUAUGACCCUCAGCAUAAUGUAGCCACCACUGUGUUUAAUGCUGGGAAUGAUGUGUUUAAGGUCUUCGUGGAGACAAGGCAUACCUCAACCCCAGUCAGAAGUCUUUUGCACUCUCUAAUAGGUUUUCCUUCAGCUUUGUCCCGUAUUUAGCUCAGUUACCCUUCCAGUCAACAUGUGCGCCAUAGGCUUUCCUAUUCACACAUGGUUUGCAUAAUCACCUGGCCAUCAGAGGACCUUCUUCCACAUGUUUGCACUGGGCCCAACAUGGCAGGUGGCUGACUGCAAAGCAGACAUCUUAUGGGAUUUUAUUUUUCUUUCGCUGAUGGAUUGAACAGUGCUGUUUGAGAUCUUCAAAGCCCAGGAUUUUGUUUGAUAACCUCACCGUGCUUUAAACCUCUCCACAUUGUUCUCUGGCAAGCCUCGGAGGCCUUCACAGAACAAAUACUAAUUAGCAGCACUGGAUUUAAUUUAGGGCUGUAGGAGCAAAGAGGGUUGAAUGCACGCCAAACAAUUCAGAUUUUCCACUUCACAGUUGUGCAAUGCUUAGAAAAAUGCUAAUAAAGAACAGCAUAGUUUGCAAGUCACUCUCAAAUCUCAGCUAUUUAAAAAAAAAAAAGAUUUUUUAGAAGACGGUCUUUCAUCAGUCCGCACGUCAGAGUGAAAAAAUCUUCCAGACCAGAAGCUCAGAGGCUUCGAGCUCUGCGUCUUGUUGCUGGACAGCAAAAUGAAUCGCUCUGACGGCAAAACUCUCGUACGCAAAAACAAACAAAAAGCGACAACCGUGGAUUCAAUUGGGACUGUUUGUACAGUAGCAGCAUUUAUGGUGUGGGUGGUGAGUGUAAGUGUUAUCAGACUUUAGUGAUGUCGAAGGUGAGCUAGCAACAGUUAGCAUCUGAAGAUGAACGGAUGUGAUUUUCUAUAUACAUACGCAGCACAAUAAUAACACCCAAGGAGAAAGUGUUAUACGAAUCAUGUUAGUACCAAAAAAAGGGUGGCGGGGUCAGUUAUGAUGGUUUUUUUUAAUCAAUUCAUGCAUGUUUAUACUUUUUCAACCAAAAAAAAAUAAAAAACUUUACUGCAACCUGAUUAAAAUGUAGUUUUAAUGUUCAACAACCUUAUUGCAACUGCAGGGCAGUUUCUCAGUAUGUUAUUUAUUGUAAUACAGGCCCCCCUUUCUUUAGCCCCUCUUGUUUUUUUGUAGGUUUUUUACAUCAUUGUGGGGUGGGGUGCACCACGGCAGAUAUUAGCGAACCUAGCGUCUGAUGUGCUUGUGAUCAUUUGAACACCUUCAAAGUAAGAGUGCAUUAAAAAAACGUGUAUCUUCAGGGCUCUUUGUAUACUCCAUUUACUGACCGAAAUGAUCGUUUGCAUUGUUUCUUCGAUAUUAACACGUCUGACUUCAAUAAAGAUUUCUUUUUUAUGUGC